AUCCACGAACAACCGCUUGGGGUAGAGAUUACUGUGCUAUCGAUUGCUCACAAACCUGAAGCUGAAAACAAAAACGAAGAAAGCAAAAACAAAAAACCAGAGACGAAACUGAAAUCAGAUAUUGUAUUCUUUCUUCACCGAUGAUUGGAUCUCAAAUCUUCGUCGCAGCUCUUUGCAGGAUUGACAUGGUUAGAAUGCAACUGAGGGUGAUAUGAAGUCUCAAUAGUUAGGUAAAUGCUUCUGCAGUGCAAGUUACCUUCAUUGAGUUUGAGCUGACAUGUAUUUUACAGCCAGUGAGGGUGCUGCUAAUGAAAUGGGGUAUGCCAUGAGUAGAUUUGAGCUAGAUUCUGAUUUCUGUGAUGCUGGCAAGGACAUCCAUGGAAAUGAUAACACUGAAAGACUCAACAAAGAAUUGAAUCAUUUAGAUCAUGAAAUUUCCCAGCUCACAAAGCUUAGAUCGGGACCUCACGAAUGUCUGAGUCAGAUUAUUCCUGGAAAGCGGGACUCACCUGUUUCGACGGUUAAGAUGCUGGCGGGUCGAGAAGGGAAUUAUUCAGGAAGGGGAAGGUUCUCAUCAGCUGAUUGUUGUCAUAUGUUAAGUAGAUAUUUGCCUGUCAAUGGUCCUUGGCUUGUGGACCAAAUGACAAGUCGAGCUUAUGUGUCGCAAUUUUCUGCUGAUGGUUCCCUGUUUGUUGCAGGGUUUCAGGGAAGCCAUAUUAGAAUAUACAAUGUGGAUAGAGGGUGGAAAGUGCAGAAGAAUAUUCUUGCAAAAAGCUUGCGAUGGACAGUCACUGAUACAUCUCUCUCCCCUGAUCAACGCCAUCUUGUUUAUGCCAGCAUGUCACCUAUUGUCCAUAUUGUUAAUAUUGGAUCUGCUGCAACAGAAUCUCUUGCAAACAUUACGGAGAUUCAUGAUGGUUUGGAUUUUUCUGCUGCUGAUGAUGAGGGUUAUUCUUUUGGAAUCUUCUCAGUGAAAUUUUCCACAGAUGGGCGAGAGCUUGUAGCUGGAAGUAGUGAUGAUUCAAUAUAUGUUUAUGAUCUUGAAGCAAAUAAGCUUUCCCUUAAAAUUUUGGCACACACGUCUGAUGUCAAUACUGUAUGCUUUGCUGAUGAAAGUGGGCAUCUUAUUUAUUCCGGGAGUGAUGAUAGUUUGUGCAAGGUUUGGGACAGACGCUGCCUCAUAUCAAAAGGGAAGCCUGCAGGAGUCCUGAUGGGACACCUAGAAGGAAUUACUUUUAUUGAUAGCCGUGGAGAUGGUCGUCAUCUCAUUUCAAAUAGUAAAGACCAGUCUAUCAAACUUUGGGACAUCCGAAAAAUGUCCUCCAAUGCUACUUGGCUAAACACUUCCUCAUUGGCAAUUCAGAGGGGCCACAAACGUUAUGAAAUAACCUCAGAAACUGCUAUCAUAUAUUUUGUUCAAAAUGAGUUUGACUAUCAUGAUGGACUGGACACUCCAGGGUUCAGGAAUUAUGAAUGGGAUUAUAGAUGGAUGGAUUAUCCAACCCAGGCAAGAGAGUUGAAACACCCAUGUGAUCAAUCACUUUCCACUUAUAAAGGUCAUUCAGUCCUGCGUACUCUCAUACGCUGCUACUUCUCCCCGUCUUAUAGCACUGGUCAGAAGUACAUCUACUCUGGAUCUAGCGAUUCUUGCAUUUAUAUUUAUGAUUUGCUGACCGGAGCCCAAGUUGCAACACUGGAGCACCAUAAAUCAGUCGUAAGAGAUUGUAAUUGGCACCCUAAUUAUCCAAUCCUGGUUAGCUCUUCAUGGGAUGGAGACAUUGUCAAGUGGGAAUUCCCUGGGAAUGGAGAGCCCCCUUUGAUCAAGAAACGAAUCCGGCGGAGAUAUUUAUAGUAAACUGAAUUUCACAUACGUUCAGUGUUGUUCAUGGUAAAAUAUAUAAUGUUUAAAUAGUGUUUACUUUACCAUACAUGAUCCAAUAAGGUGCAAUUAUCACAGUAAGCACUGUAAAUUUCUUUUUAACAAAUGCAGCUGUACAUAACAUAAGCUAUGGACUUUCAAUGUUGCACUUGCCAUUUGUUACUUUGGAAAUAUAUGCAAAAGAGUUGCGAGUCUCGCGUGAUUGGUGA